AUGCGAGUACUUGCAGACUUUUUGAUCAGGCGCGCGCACACAGAUACGCACAUGAGGGGAGUGGUAGACGAGUUUGGGAGGUUAAGAAAGAGGGGGGGGGGUUACGGCACAUACGUCCUUAGAAUGCUAAAAAAAAAAAAGAAAAACGAUUCACUUUUCCCCCCAAAUUACUCUUUGAAGUCUUGCUUAAAUAGUUUAGCAAUGAGCAACGCAGCUCCAGCUGAAAACGACUUCUUUGAUCGCAAUGUACUAGACUUCGCGACGUACGAGGAGUACUUGGACCAACAGGUGACGCAGGAGGACCUUUUUUAUCUUGGCGACCAGGAAGCGGCACGGCAGAUCGUGGAGUUGGGCUACAAGGGGAAGAACUUCCUCAGCCGCGAGGAGUUUGAGGCAGCUCGCCUCAUUGUUCUCGAGGGUCCGUCGAAGUGGGAAGAGGAAGUGGAUGUGGUUUGCAGCGCUGGUCUGCAGUUUGACGACUCGCCGCUAUUGAGUGCACUGGCCCGACGGGAGGAGUUGGUGCGGGCAGGGAAGUUAUCAACUAUUAUAUUCCUUCGUGACGUUGUGCGGGGGCAGGAGGUGUCCGCCUACAUCGAUUAUGGCCACCGGCUCAAAACGGAGGACUUCUCCGACUACUUCCACCGCCGCAAGCGCCUCACCCCCCGCCGUACAGAUUUGAGCUAUUACAACUGGAAGACCCACACGCUGUUUUUCAAUAAUAGUGUGACGUUUCAGGUUCUCGCCGAUAACGAGAUUGGGCUCUUAAUGAAGCACAAGCGCGAUAGGAAGACCAUCAACGUUGACCCACGCGCCCCCACGCCCGGAGACAACAGCAACCGACUGGUCAUUCACAGCCCCGAAUACGUGCAGGUGACAAUAUACGACCAUGUUACGCGCCGUAAGAACUAG